AAAGAGACUACCCACAACAAAUGUUCGCCAAGAUGUACAGUGGCUGAAACUCUCAUUCAUUGCCAGCGGCAUUUUCAAACGAUAUGGACACUUAUUUUUAUCAACUUUGACUUUCAGACUUUCUUUCUUGGAAUUAUCCUGCUUCCAGUUCGUGCCUUAUUGCUGGCAUUAGUUUUAUUACUGGCAUGGCCAUUUGCUGCAGUUUCAACAGUAUGCUGUCCUGAAAAGCUGACCCAUCCAUUGACCGGUUGGAGGAGGAAAAUUACUCAGCCAGUUUUGAAGUUUCUGGGCCGUGCCAUGUUCUUUUCCAUGGGGUUUGUAGUUACCGUGAAAGGAAAGAUCGCAAGUCCUACGGAGGCGCCGAUUUUCGUUGCUGCCCCCCACUCGUCAUUCUUUGAUGGCAUCGCCUGUGUCGCAGCUGGGUUGCCGUCCAUGGUUUCUCGGAAUGAGAAUGCGCAGGUGCCUCUGAUUGGCAGACUGUUACGGGCUUUGCAGCCAGUGCUGGUAUCCCGCAUAGACCCGGACUCCCGAAAAAACACAAUAAAUGAAAUAAUAAGGCGAGCAACAUCAGGAGGGGAGUGGCCCCAGAUACUAGUUUUCCCAGAAGGUACUUGUACUAAUCGCUCCUGUUUGAUUACUUUUAAACCAGGAGCCUUCAUUCCAGGAGUUCCCGUGCAGCCAAUCCUCCUGCGGUACCCAAACGAGCUGGAUACUGUGACUUGGACAUGGCAAGGAUAUACAUUCUUUCAGCUUUGUGUGCUCACCUUCUGCCAGCCCUUCACGAAGGUGGAAGUUGAGUUUAUGCCUGUUCAGGUGCCGAAUGCUGAAGAAAAAAGAGAUCCUGUCCUUUUUGCUGGCAGAGUCCGGAAUCUGAUGGCAGAGGCUCUGGGAAUCCCCGUGACUGAUCACACGUAUGAAGACUGCAGGCUGAUGAUCUCGGCAGGACAGCUGACGCUGCCGAUGGAAGCUGGGCUGGUGGAAUUCACCAAAAUCAGCCGGAAGUUGAAGUUGGAUUGGGACGGCGUCCGCAAGCACUUGGAUGAGUACGCCGCGAUCGCGAGCGCCUCCAAAGGAGGAAGGAUUGGAAUCGAGGAAUUUGCAGAGUAUUUGAAGUUUCCCGUUUCUGAUGUGCUGAGACAACUGUUUGCGCUCUUCGACAGGAACCACGAUGGCAGCAUUGACUUCCGGGAGUACGUGAUCGGCCUGGCUGUCUUGUGCAACCCCGCCAACACCGAGGAGAUCAUCCAGGUGGCAUUUAAGCUCUUUGAUGUUGAUGAGGACGGCUACAUCACAGAGGAAGAGUUCUCCACCAUUCUGCAGGCUUCCCUCGGAGUGCCUGACCUUGAUGUUUCUGGCCUCUUCAAGGAAAUAGCCCACGGGGAUUCUGUGUCCUAUGAGGAAUUUAAAAGUUUUGCCCUAAGGCAUCCGGAAUAUGCGAGGAUAUUUACAACGUACUUAGACCUCCAGGCGGGCCAUGUGUUUUCACUGCCAGAGGAAGGCCCCGCAGCUCCCUUCGUGGCAAGUAACAAAGUCAGCCCUGAAAGUCACGACGACAGUCCCUCAGACAAGAAAGAUGACUGAACGCAGGAAGGGGAAGGAGGGGCUUUGACUCGAGAUUGUGAAGACAUUUAUCGAUACCACUGUAAAUAUGAUUUAUUGAAUAAUGAUGAUGUGUAAAAUGGAAGGCUUUGCCUUGGCUGGGUGGCUCAGUUGGUGGAAGGCCACCCUGUGCAUCAAAAGGUUGUGGGUUCGAUUCCUAGUCCGAGCACAUACCUAGGUUGCGAGUUCAAUCCCGAGUCGGGGUGUGUGCUGGGAGCAACCUAUCAAUGUUUCUCUCUCACACUGAUCUCUCUCUCUCGCUCUCAAAUCAAUAAAUACAUAUCCU